AGAACCAAAAUUUGCCAACUAAAUCCAAUUUUUGGUCUAGUUGUAAUAACUAAUAUUCUAAUAUGUUAGAUAGAGGUGGAUUCGGUGGUAGGGGUGCCAAAAGAGGAGGUAAAUUUAAUAACCGUGGGAGAGGAGGUGGACAAUCGCAAUUCCUAGGAGAACCAGAUAAAAUUAUCGAGGUAGGAACUGUAUCGCACGCUUGUGAAGACGAAUUAGUAAUAAAAUGUACUCUUACUGAGCAAGUUCCAUACUUCAAUGCAAGAAUCUUCUUGAGUAACAAGCAAGAAAUCGGAAAAAUCGAUGAGAUCUUUGGUCCUCUAGAUGACUAUUACUGUUCCGUAAAACUCAGCGAAGGAGUAAAGGCAAAGUCAUUUGAGGAGAAUUCAAAGCUAUACCUGGACCCUGUGCAAACUCUGCCAAUGGCUCGCUUUUUACCAGGAGCCGCAAAACAAGGCGCUGAUAAAACUGCCAAAAAGAAGAUACCCGUUAACAAAGGGAAACAGUUUACAAAGGGCGUUGGAAGAGGAGGCUUCCGACUGAAUAGAGGAAAUUCUAAAGCUAUACGAGGAACUAUGAUGAGAGGGCGUGGUACAUCAUUCUAGUCAAUGUAUCCUACAGAAAUUAGUUUUCGUUGUGUAAUCUUGGCGAGGUGUAAUAUUUGCUCCUGUAUAAUUAUUUCUUGCAU